AUGCCGAAACUUUUGGACGACACAAAAUACACCAAAGAUGCUAAUGAGGAAAGAAUUAUUUUGAUUCAAGGUAGAAAAGUUAACUUGAACAGACUGGAACAAACGAAUGUUGUGCGCAUAUUUGUCAGUUCAACAUUUUCUGACAUGAGGGUCGAACGCAAUACUUUGCUUGAAAAAGCUUACCCAGACCUGCGGAGCUUUUGCCAAAAACUUGGUCUAGAUUUCCAGGCAAUGGACAUGAGAUGGGGUAUACAGGAUUCAGCAAUGAUUGAUCACUCAAUAUGUGAGCUCUGCCUUGAUGAAAUAAAAACCUGCAAGAGAUUGUCUAUUGGACCAUUUUUUGUGGCAUUCUUGGGGAACAGAUAUGGUUACCGGCCAGUGCCUUCUACUAUUUCUGUUCAAAACUUUGAUAAAUUCGAGGUUAUUGCUAAUGAGAAAGGCUACACAUCCUCCAAUCUUCUGACUAAAUGGUACCAAAAAGACGCAAAUGCUGUUCCAGUACACUAUGUUCUUCAGCCUAUUACCUCGGAAUAUCCUCAUUUUAACGAUGAUGAUGUAAAGUAUGAGAAAGAAAGAAAUAUUCAGAGGCAGAAAUGGUCGGAUACAUCACAGCAACUUGCGGAUGUUAUUCGUAAAUGUGCAAGUGAAGCCAGGAGAAGAAAACUGCUUGUUAAAAUCAAAGGAGAACACUUCUUUGAAUCUGUCACAGAACUUGAAAUAAAGGAAGGUCUCUUCUCCAGCGCUGGGUCUGCUACAUAUUUAUACGAAAGAGAAAUAAGUGACCUGCAACACAAUAUCUCUGACACAGCUGCUCGUAAUUUUGUUGAUCUGAGUGGAAAUACAGAAAAUCUCUUAAAUAACCUGAAGGCUGAAGUCACCAAACUUGGUCAAACAAAAGGCAAUUCCAGCUUGGUGAAAACCUACAAAGUUAAAUGGGCUGCAGGAAAGGGCAUUACCGAGAAGUCUAAAAGUCAUUCUGCAUAUCUUACAAAAUUUUGUCAUGAUUUUGUCACUGACUUCAAAACUGCUAUUUCACAAGCUGUAUCUAACUCGGGUAAACAAGAAGAAAAGGCAGCGGAAAAAUCUGACUUACUUUUCGAUGAAGUGAUACAUCAUGCAGCUUUUGCUCAGACAAAACUAAAGUCUUUUUGUGGAAGGUCCCAACUUAUUGAAACUAUUUUGAGCAAGCUUGAUGGUGAUACUUCCAGCCAGCCAGUUGUAGCAUUUGGUGAAUCAGGACGUGGUAAAACUGCACUGAUGGCAAAACUGGUCGAUUCAAGACGAAACAUGUCUUCAAAUGAAUCCUUGGUUUAUCGGUUUUUGGGAACUUCUCCACAUUCAUCAAACAUACACAGUGUUUUACAGUCCAUUACCUUGCAAAUAUGCGAGUUAAUACCAACACCUCCACCUCUUUACCAUGAGCUGCAAAACUUUACGUCACUUGUUAUGAAGUUUAAUGAAGUCUUGGACACUGCAUCUGCUGUAAUAAGCAGAGGAGACACUCAAACACAUCUAGGAGAAAAACUUAUUAUUUUCCUUGAUUCAUUGGACCAGCUGUCAGAACUUGAUGGUGCACACAGAUUGAACUGGUUGCCCAAACAUCUGCCACCUCAUGUUCACAUCAUACUUUCCACACUACCUGAUCUUAAUCUUGGUAUACUGGACACCUUACAUCGAACACUGCCCAGCUCUAACUUCACUGAAGUGACAGACCUUGAUAGAGAGACAGGGUGUGAGAUAUUAAACACUUGGUUGAAAGAUUCGGGAAGAACACUGUCUCAACCACAACAUGAUUUUGUGAUGGAUGCUUUUGUGAAAUCUCCACAACCACUUUAUUUAAAGCUUGCCUUUGAUGAAGCAAGGUUAUGGAAAUCAUAUACUGACGUAUCUUCUCUUUAUCUUGGGAAGUCGGCAAAGGAGGCAAUUUCUCUUUUCUUUAAACGACUUGAGAAUACACACGGAGAACUCUUUGUAGCAAGGUCCAUUGGCUAUCUUGUGGCAUCCAGAAAUGGUCUGGGUGAAGCAGAGUUAAAUGAUUUGCUUUCACUCGAUAAUGAAGUAUUAGAUUGCUCAUACCGACAUUGGUCCCCACCAUCGCAUAAUGUGGUUCGUAUUCCAACAUUGUUGUGGACAAGACUAAGAAACGACUUGGGAGCUGAUAUUGUGGAAAGACAGUCAACUGGUUACACUGUGCUUGCACUUUAUCAUAGACAAUUUAUAGAAGUAGCAAGGCAAAGAUAUCUUGGUAGUGAUGUCAAAGAAAAAGUUCAUCAAAAUAUCGCGGAGUACUUUCUUGGGAAGUGGUCUGAUGGAAAGAAGAAGUCUUUGAAAUUAAAUAUUUGGAAAAACAAAGAAAUGAAAGCCAACAGGAAUGUUGCAACACAGCCGCUAAAAUUUACUGCAAAAAUUUUCAACUUUCGGAAACUGGAUGAACUCCCUUUUCAACUCUUAAGCGCCGGCAUGUGGCAAGAAUUAAAUGAUGUGGUAGUCUCUAGCGCAGACUGGCUAACACACAAAAUCGAAGCUUUUUCAAUCAAAGAAAUGCUUCAAGAUUAUGAUAUGAUACUUUCAAAGAAACCAGACACUGAAAUCACAUUGAUCAGAAAUGCUUUAAAACUUGCUAAGCCAACCCUGGAAUUUCCAGGUAAAGUUACAAACCAUGUAUGUAGUGAAAUAAUUGGUAGGUUGGCUUACUUCACCAAAGAUUUCCCACGAUUAGUUGGGAAGCUAGUAACAGAGUCCGAACAGCUCCUGAAGAGAAUGAACAAGAUGUGUUUGAUCCCUUUAUGUGGUUCAUUUCCCCCACCUGGUGGUCCACUGCGUACCACACUCACAGGUUUCAGCAAGUCUGUCACAUGCAUGGAAGUUUCAUGUGAUGCAUCUGCAUUGUUUGCUGGCUCCCGUGAUGGGACAAUCAUGAUAUGGGAACUAGGUGUGGAUGAAGUAUUACACACAAUACAUCUACAUAAGGAUACAGUGCUCUGCUUUGCCACUGCAGGUUUAAGAUUGGCUUCCUCAUCCGCUGAUAAUACAUUGCAAGUAUUGAAUUGGGAUACAGGAAGCAUUGUAGCUUCCAUGGUGGAGGAUCACACAGAACAUACCUAUCAUUGUAACCUUGCAUUGAAUGAUGAUGGUACAGUACUUGUAUCUGCAUGUGGUAAACAGAUCAAUAUUUGGGAUGUGUCUUCUUCAAGUAUCCAGCACUCCAUAAAAGAAUCAAAUUAUCUCUCAUGUAAUAUUUUACUUUGUGGUCAAGCUGUUAUAGCAGGGUAUAAGAACGGUGCUAUUAUGUCUUGGUCUUUAGAAACAGGGAACACUAUGUAUGACACCACGACAGGUAAUAAUGGAACGAAAAAUGAAAAUUCAGGCAUUUUUUCUGUGGCAAAUUUUCUGAUUCAAGACAAGUUAAUGUCUUUAUUCAAUAAUGGGAAAGUUGAUCUUUACAACAGUAGCUCAGGUGUCUUGAUAAGCUCAUAUGAUGUUGAUACCAAUGUAGAGAUGUCCGCUUGUGCAGGAGGUUAUGUUGCAUUCAGUUGUGAAAAAGAAAUACAUGUUUGGAAAAUAGAAGGACAGGAAUUAAAGAAAACAAGUGUCUUGCAACACCAUCAUGAUUCUGUAUCUACAUUGAAUUUCAAUAAAACUGGUGAUAUAUUGGUAUCUGGUGGUAGGGAUCAUACACUGCUAUGUUGGACCAUUGGCAAGGAUGGGAUCACACUUGCUGAUAACAUGAGUGGCAUGGGAGCUCCUGUAGAUCAUGUUGUGUUGUCUGGAAACAUUGUGGCAAGCUCAUCUAAAAAUGUUUUCUAUGUGAAACUUUGGAACCUGAAUCGCACCAAAGUAGUAAAGGAUCCACCAUCCUUUCCAUUUCAAUUAGGAAAUCAUGUAAUUAGUAGUUGUGGAAAGUACAUCUGCUAUUUUUAUGAGGAUCUCAUUAUUCAUGAUCUUGAAUUAAAAAGCAAUGUAAAAGUAAUGAGAGCUGGGAAGAGUGAGAUCACAUGCAUGAAGUUUACACCAGAUUCUUGCUACAUAGUUUGUGCCACGGUUAAAGGCGAUUUAGAGCUUGUUCAUUGUGUUGACCAUCAAGUAAUGCAAACAACAUCAAUCUCAAAUUCCAGUGUUUCCCUUUUAGCACUGAGUAGUGAUGGUAGUCAACUGCUUGCUGUAACUGGGAAUGGUGAUAUGGAAACACUGCAUUUUAUGAAAACAGAAGGGUUUGAACCAGUUAUGGAAUGUCUCACCUGUAGUAUUGGUAUAGAAGAUGCUGUCACUGCUGUUUCACUUUCCCCAGAAAACUCUGGUUACAUAACUGCAUUUAUUGGAGUAAAUUCAGGCAUAAUUAGUGUUGUUUCAGUGCAUUUAGCAGCUGGUUCUUCUCCCAAAGUAACUUUACAAGUCAUAUUGAAAGAACACAAGAGCAAAGUUACAAAUUUAACUUUGUCAAGUGAUCGGCAGAUGCUGUUUUCAGGCUCUGAAGGGGCUACUAGGCGAAUAUGGAAAUUUAAGUCUGGAGAAUGGAAGUUGCACCAAGAAAUGUUAUUUGAUUCCCUACUCAACACUGGAGUUACAUGUUCUGCAUUCAUAUCUGAUUCCUAUGUGAUUACUGGAUCCCAGGAACGGUCAAUUAAGGUUUGGAACACAAACACAGGUGAACUAGUUGCUUCACAAUAUGUGUACGCUACUGUCACCGACAUUGUUGCAGUGAAUGACGCCAACAUUAUCUUAACCACCGACUUUGGUUAUAUCAUCCAAAACUAUUUGUUGAUACCCAGAGUACCAGUAGGAGACAGACCUGAAAACAGCAGUUUGGGUAAUGUUGCCCCGUCUUCUCAAAACAAAACUUUGAAAAUAAGAUCGUCUACAUGCGCAGUUGUGUGAACAUUUCUACCAGAUGUUUUUAGGCCUUAUCACACAGCUUUAUGCCAGGCAGAUGUUUGCAUGAUAGUUGUAUUUUGAAACUAUUUUGCACUUUUCUAUUCUUUGUCCCGUUCAGGGACUUUUUAUUAGCUUUAAUAUAUGCACCUUUUUUAUGAGC